AUGACUACUGAAACUGAAUUAAUAUUUUCUCCGGAACGAACAUCAAAUAAUUCAUUUCAUAUAUUUUCUAGUAAAAAAACAAGUCGUCGUGGAGCAGCACUACAUCAACCACCAAAACCUGUCUCAUGUCGUGUUUUUCGAUAUUUUACUCCAGCUGCUGCUAUUAAACCAUCAAAUGCUGUUUCAGUUAGUACAGAUUCUUAUGGUGUUGUAUUAGAAAGUCCAUUUUAUACUAAAUCAAAUACAUCAACAUAUUGGGAUCAAUGUUUCGAACAUGUUGAAUGUAUUGGUCGUGGAUCAUUUGCUGAAGUUUAUAAAGUUCGUAAUAAAGAUGAUAAUCAAUUAUAUGCUAUUAAACGUUCAUUAACUAAAUUUCGUGGUAAAUCUGAUCGUGAUCAGAAAUUAAAAGAAGUUCGUUUUCAUGAAGCACUUGCUACACAUAGUAAUAUUUUAAAAAUAAUUCGUGCAUGGGAAGAACGUGAACGUUUAUAUAUACAAACAGAACUAUGUGAAAGCAAUUUAUUGGAAUAUGCCAGAGAACAUUCAAUGAAUCAGUCAAUGAUUUGGCAUUUGCUUUAUCAAAUUAGUCAAGCUCUUGAUUUUCUUCAUUCGUUAUAUUAUGUUCAUAUGGAUGUUAAACCAGAAAAUAUCUUAAUUACAAGUGAUGGUAGUCUUAAACUUUGUGAUUUUGGUAUUGUACAUGAUUUACGAAGUGCAUCAACUUUAGCUCAAGAUGGUGAUGCACGUUAUCUUGCAUUCGAAGUACUUUCAGGUACGAUAUCAACAGCAGCUGAUGUAUUUAGUUUGGGCAUGGCAGCACUUGAAUUAGUCAGUGAUUAUGAUAUGCCUGUAACGGGUGAUCUUUGGACUGAUAUAAGAGCUUUAAAUUUACCAGUAGAAAUUGUUUCAGUUUUAACUGAUAUUCAUUUAAAACAACUUUUAUAUCGAAUGAUUCAUGCUGAUUAUAAAAUACGACCAUCUGCAAAAGAAGUUCUUGAUAGUCCAACUAUCCGUAAUCAGAUUUGUUAUAUGCCAUCACCAUUUGCAUUUAAUCAACAUCGACAUGAACAUAUUGUUUCAUCAAUCGGUGGAAAUGAUUCACCUGCUAGUCAUGGUUGUCGAACACCAAUAAAAAAACCAAAACGACCACCAAAUUAUGGUGGCUACCAUGACGAACAUUCAGAUGAUGAAUUUCGACUUCAUUCUAUUCAUGAUAAAUCACAAUUAACUCCACCACCAGCAGUUGUUGGUGAUCCACUUCGAGUUCGUCUUUUUCCUGGUGAAUCAGACGAAGAAAUCAAUGAUGAUCAUAUUUAUUUUCGAAAAUCUCCAGUUCAAUUUAAAUUUGACAGUAGUGGAACUGAAGAUUAA